AGCUUGUGCAUUUUAGUAUAUCCUCCCUCCAAACCUAAGCACCAAGUGUUAAUACUAUGGAAUUUCUAUUUGUAUAUCUAAAUGCCAUGACAGCAGGACUUCUUGCCCCUUUAUUCCUAUUUGCAUGCUACUACGUACGUAGGAGUUCAAUAUUUUGUUCCAAGAAAACUCGAGCACCCAAAGCCGGUGGUGCGUGGCCCAUAAUUGGUCACCUUCCGUUACUAGCAGGUUCCAAGCUUCUCCACAUAACGUUUGGAAGCUUAGCUGAUAGGUACGGUCCAAUAUUCACCAUGCAGAUUGGUAUACACCAAGCCGUGGUUGUUAGUUCUGGUGAACUAGCUAAGGAAUUGUUCACCACCAACGAUAUGGCUGUUUCUGAACGCCCUAAUUUCACUGCAUUUAAGUACCUGGGCUACGAUGGUGUCAUGUUCGCUUUUGCACCUUAUGGAGAUUAUUGGCGCGAAAUGCGUAAAAUAAUUUCCUUGAAACUACUCUCGAAUCACCAGAUUGAGCUACUCAAACAUGUUAGGCUAUCUGAAAUAGAGACCUUAUUAAAAGAGCUGUACAAAUUAUGGACAGAGAAAAAAAAUGGGUCUGGUCAUGUUUUAGUUGACUUGAAUAAAUGGUUUGGGGAGUUGGGUCUUAAUGUGAUAUUAAGAAUGGUUGUAGGGAAGAGAUGCUCCGGUGGUGGUGAGGCGGAGCAUUUUCGUAAGACGAUGAGAGAAUUCUUCCAUUACUUGGGGAUGUUUGUUUUGAGAGAUGCAAUCCCUUUUCUUGGUUGGCUUGAUGCCGGUGGACAUGAGAAAGGUAUGAAAACAACUGCUAAGGAAAUGAAUUGUCUUGUUAGUGAAUUGUUAGAGGAGCAUCGAAGGAAGAGAGGCUCUGCAGGAAAGGUGGCUACAAAAGAGCAAGACUUUAUGGAUUCGAUGCUUUCAGUACUCGAAGAAAAAGAUUUUGCAGGUUAUGAUUCUGACAUGAUUAUCAAAUCUGCAUGUCUGAAUUUAAUUGCAGGGGGCAGCGAUACCUCCACAGUCACCCUGACAUGGACGAUUUCACUAUUGUUGAACAACAAGCAAGCGCUGGAGAAGGCACAGGAAGAAUUGGAUAGGCUAGUUGGGAGAGAAAGACAAGUGAAUGAAUUUGAUAUUAGUAAGCUAAUCUACCUUCAAGCCAUAAUCAAAGAAUCAUUACGAUUAUAUCCACCGGCCCCGCUGUCUGCACCUCGAGUGACAAGAGAAAACUGCACUAUCGGUGGCUGCCAUAUAAAGAAAGGGACUCGGCUGAUUAUAAAUGUUUGGAAGAUCCAUAGAGAUCCAAAGAAUUGGCCUGACCCAUUGCAGUUUAAACCGGAGCGGUUUCUUACUAGUCACAAGGAUAUUGAUGUUAGAGGUCAGAACUUUGAACUGAUCCCAUUUGGAAGUGGCAGAAGAGCUUGCCCUGGAACAGCUUUUGGCCUGCAAAUGGUUCACAUAGCAUUGGCUAGAUUUCUACAGGCUUUUCAGAUUUCAAAUCCUACAACUGAACCGAUUGAUAUGACUGAAAGUCCUGGACUAACAAACCUUAAAGCCACCCCGCUUGAAGUUCUUCUGUCACCUCGCCUACCUCCCGGCCUUUAUUAGUUCCUUUUUUUUUUUAAGUGUGUUCAUGUUGUUUGUAGUUUUAUUAUAUGCUUUGUUUACACUCGUGGUUUAAUUGUUUUAAAAAACUUUCAGUUAA